AUGGCCGCAAUUACCCAAGAAGCUGCUAGCUUAGCCGAGUCCAGGGCCUCAGCAACAGGCCAUUCAUUGCCAGCUGUUUUCAGUACAUCAAGAUGGCCACUAGAUAUCCUACAGCUCGUCGGGGUUGCAGCAGCAAUAGGUGCUGGAACAGCAAGGCCGCUUAUGCCCCUUGUCUUUGGAGGUCUGGCAAACAAAUUCAACAAUUUUCAAAAUGCUUCUACCCUUAAGGAGACUGUCGAUUCCGAAGUGCUGUACUUGUUGUAUCUUUUCAUCGGUCAAUGGGUUCUCACUUGUACUUACGGUAUCUUACUAUCUGUCUCAGCAAUGAAUCGUUCUAGGAGGCUUAGGGCGGCAUAUUUAAGGUCUGCGGUCAGCCAAGAUACAGGUUUGGUAAGCCAAGGCAAAGUCGCUAACAAUUUUGCCACGAGUAUCAGCAGCAUUGAAGACGCUUUAUCUGAGAAGCUCGGGGUUGUCAUGCAAGCAGGUGCAACUGUCAUUAUCUCCCUGGUCGUAGCCUUCGUACAUAGCUGGCAGCUCACGUUAGUCCUCUUUUCCACAAUCGUCCUUCUGUUCAUCAGUAACUUUGGCACCGCUGCCUUGGACACACGAUUUGAACGGCAAAUUCAGCAGAUAGAGGAAAACGCUGCGAACCUGGCUGAAGAAGUGUUCAACGGUAUCCGUAUCGUUAUGGCUUGCGUGGCAGAGUCACAGCUUAUUGAUAAGUACACAGCAAUCCUUGAAGCCGCCAGAAUCAAGAGACUGCGGAAAAGUCCCAUUCUUGCAGUGCAAUUUUCAAUGAGCUAUUUCGCUUUGCUUGCCUCAUAUGCCCUUGCAUUUUGUGUUAUUCUCUCUAUCAACCAAGGCACGAAUGGUAUGAGAAAAAUUUUACCUAUUUAUGGUAUUUUGUCCAAAGCUAGGGCAGCGUCCUUGAGCAUCAACAAGGUGAUUAAUAGCACGCCCGCCAUUGACUCUCUUAAUCCCAGGGGUGUAGUACUUGACUGUGUGAAGGGUGAUAUCAGACUGCAUGACAUAUCUUUUUCAUACCCCGCCAGGCCCUCAGUCAAUGUUCUUGACCACCUAAACAUCUGCUUUGAGGCCGGCAACAUGACAGCUUUGAUAGGUACGAGUGGCUCUGGGAAAAGCACUAUCGUUGGAUUACUGGAGCGAUGGUAUGAGCCUAUAAUGGGUACUAUUACCGUUGAUGGAUUCAAUAUAAAUGAGCUGAAUGUGAAAUCAUUGCGGGGUCAUAUUGGGCUUGUACAGCAGGAAGUUACUCUUUUCAACGAUAGUAUAUUCUACAAUGUUGCUUGUGGAUUAUACAGCACACCCUUCGAAAAUUGUUCUGAACAGGAAAAGCGUGCCUUGGUAAUCCAAAGUUGCAUCGAGGUCGGAGCGCAUACUUUCAUUGAAAGCUUGCCUGAUGGGUACGAAACUAACGUCGGGGAUAAAGGAAAUCUUUUGAGUGGCGGCCAGAAACAACGGAUCAGUAUAGCCCGAGCUAUAAUUUCGUCUCCAAAAAUCUUGAUCUUCGACGAAGCAACAUCGGGUUUAGACAUAGAGUCUGAACGGAUCGUAGAGGCAGCGAUCAAGAAGGUUUCAGUAGGUAUGACGACUAUAAUUAUAACCCACAAGCUAUCCUUGAUCCAAAGAGCCGACCAGAUCGUGUUGCUAAAGAAUGGAAGUGUGCUUGAAAGAGGUACACAUCAAUCUUUACUGGCAAUGAAGGGCAAAUAUGCUCAGUUCUACGAGGCCCAAGAGCUUGAAGCAAAAAUUCAGUCCGUUGAUGAGCCGUUCAAGAGUUCAGAAAUUCAAGAAAAACACCGACUUCUCCGAAAACUUGUCAUAGCUGUGAUACCCACUUGCAUUGUCGCAGGUGCCGUAUACCCCGCACAAGCGAUUUUAUUCGGACACAGUGUAUCUAGACUUGGCCAAAUCGAAGCAAACAUUCGGAAUGGCGAAAACUUUUGGUCUCUCAUGUGGUUCGUGGUUGCAAUUGCUAUUCUUGUCGCCUUCUUUCUGAUGGGCACGAUAUCAUCCAUUAUGGGAACCACCACGAAGUUCCAUUACCAAAUUGAAUAUUUCAAAUCCAUACUACGACAGGAUCCUUCCUUCUUUGACGAAAAACCUAACUCAAAAGGAGCUCUUGUGGCAUCUCUUUCAUUGCAUACAAACCACAUGCAGAUUUUGUUCACGGUUCUUGGGUCGCUUUUGGUUGCCUUGGUUAAUUUAACAUCUUGUAGCAUCUUGGCACUAGCAGUCAGUUGGCGACUGGCGCUGGUUGGAUUGUUCGGCAGCGUACCGAUCAUUCUCCUUGCCGGUUAUCUCCGAGUUCGCUCUGCUUCAGCGAAAAGUAAAGCUCUUUCCGAGCCGCUGCUGAACAGUGCACAAUAUGCGUCAGAAGUUAUUGGAGCAGUAAGGACAGUGGCUGCGUUGACUAUGGAGAAUGAGGUUUGCCUUCAACUUGAUAAGAGAAUGCGGGAAUCUCUUGCUGUCUUCUACAAGAACAUUGUCGUGACAAUGCCGCUGUUUGCCUUUUCCGAGAGUGGUCCUUUCCUUGGUAUGGCCCUGAUAUUCUGGUAUGGAGGCAACCUAUUGGCCGAUGGUAAGCUCGAAACAGUCGAACUGUGGAUUGUCUUCCUCGCGAUGUUGUCAGGUGGUGAGGGUGCCGCUGAAUUUUUCGCAAGUUCAAGUAAAUUUAAGAGCGUUGACUUUAGCUAUCCAAAUUCCCUACGCCAUUUGGUUUUAAAAGAGAUUGAUUUCAUUGUUGAUUCCGGCCGCAACCUGGCGAUUGUUGGCCCUUCGGGUUCUGGAAAAUCUACCAUCAUUGCUUUGCUUGAAAAGUUCUACAAGAUCAACAAAGGCUCCAUUCUAAUCAAUUCCUCUUCCCUAGAAAAAUUCAAUACCGAGGAUUACCGCCGCCAAACCGCUCUAGUCUCCCAAAACACCAUUUUGUUUCAAGGCACACUUCGAGAUAACAUUCUUCUCGGUACCCAUGAUCUGCAUUCCGUAGAUGAACGCUUAGAGGCUGCGGCAAAAGAUGCAAAUAUACAUGAAUUCAUCGUCUCACUACCGGAGGGUUACAACACGCAGUGUGGAGACAAAGGCUUCGCUUUCAGCGGAGGUCAGCGGCAGCGAAUAGCACUUGCAAGAGCGCUUUCAAAUCAUGAUUCCACACUUCCGCGAAAAGUGAACUUGGAUCAAUGGAUAUCCUUUAGCAAUCCAAACUUUGGUAUUCUUUCCGUGAGCAACACAAUCAUAAUUUCUCGUAUCGAUCCAUUUGUGAGUGCUAUCGCCGAGGCAGAAACCACGAUGAAGAAACUCCAAACGCUCACUCAAGCUUCUAAGUAUGGGAACGCUUUCUUAGCUCGAGCUAUCUUUCGUGGCUUGCAAGGGAAAUGGAAGAUAGAGAGAAAAGACCCAAAGACUGGAUUAAAGGAAAUACUUGGGACGACAGCUUUUUAUCCUCGAUAUCCUACUCAGUUGGGUUAUGAUUCUGGGUAUAUCUGCAAAGCAUCUUCAGGAGAGAAGAAUAUUCUUGACGAGAAUUUUGUUUAUCGACUUCGAGAAAUGGAUAAUUUGAUUGAGGUUUUUGGACAGGAAAAUAGGUUAAGUGUUCAGCCGGUUGUUGUUGGAGGAGAUGAUGUAAAAGGCUUUGGAAAAAGGAUCUACUCAUUCUGGAUGGCUGGGUUGUGUGACUGUGACUAUGCAGUUGGACCAUAUAUUCCAUAUUCACGUUCGUCCAACGGAGAGGGGAAUGAAAUUUGUGGUCGGGGAAGUACCGACGCGAAAGGAUGUAUGGCUUCUCAAAUUAUGGCCGUGGAAGAAUUGAUGGCUGAGAAAUCAAUUCACGAAGGCGAUAUUGGAUUACUUUUUGUUGUCGGUGAAGAAACCAAUGGUGCUAGUAUGGAAAGAGCAAGUGAAAUAUUUCAACAAGAUGGUCUUGAAUUUGAAGCUGUCAUAUUUGGGGAACCAUCUGAACAUAAACUGGUCAUUGGACAUAAAGGUGCACUAGCAUAUGAGAUAAUUGCUCAUGGGAAAGAUGCACAUAGCUCUUAUCCUGAGUUAAGAAUUAACGCAAUUAGUAUUUUGAUAAAGAUACUGACGGCAAUUGAUGAAAUGAAAUUACCUGGAAGCGAUAAGUUGGGUGAAACAACUACGAGUAUUGGAUUGAUAGAAGGUGGAGUGGCAAUGGAUGUCAUUCCGGCAAAGGCAUCAGCUACAGUGUUAACAAGAUUGGCAGCGGGGACACCGGAAGAAGUCAUUAAAAGGAUCGAAGCUAUUAUUGCAAAUCUUGGAUUUGAUGAAGGUAGAGUGGAAGUAAAGUUUGGUCAUCAAUUUGCUCCUGUUGAUUGUGACAUAGAUAUUGAUGAUAUGUUUCGAGACGGAGGUGAAGAGAGGAGGAACUGA